AUGGCGGCCGAACAGUCGCACAACUCAUACGCUCGAUCUCCCAACCCAUCCACAAGGUCAUACGACUCCUCAUCCGUCUCCUCCGCCACCUCGCCACGGCCACUUUCUCGCUAUCCAGGAACCUUGCUGGGCACAAGCGUGAGGCCCAACGCAGCGUCAAGUCCUCAGCCGCUCGGCAUGCCGUCACUACCUCCCGUCAGCCAAGGCUUCCCGCUGUACGCAUCCAUGACAGGCUCCGUAUUGGGUCGCGAGUCCCUCGCUUCGACGGAUUCCAUCAUGGGCUCCCAGGGUCAUAUGCCCGGGACUCCGACCAGUCAGGGCCCGAAGAGGGCAUAUCGCCAGCGCCGGAAGGACCCCAGCUGUGAUGCUUGCCGGGAGAGAAAGGUCAAGUGCGAUGCUACCGAGACAACGAGCUGCUCGGAGUGCUCCAGCCGCAACGUCAAGUGCCAGUUCACGAAAGAAACUAAUCGACGGAUGUCUUCCAUCAAGCAGGUGCAGGAUCUCGAGAAGCAAAUCGAGCGGAUGAAGCGAGACAACUCCCAUCUGCGCAGGAUCAUCGGGGAACGAGACGGGCCCAUGGACAUGGACAUGGAACCAGCCGACCGACAGCUGUCGCAUCUGCCACCGAUAGGCUCCGAGCCGAAGCCUCGAAAUCGCAACCCGCCCAACCCGGAACUCGCAAGGGCCCGGGCCAAUGUACACACGUUUUCCAAGGGAAUAUGGAGACCCCCGGCGCAGUAUCGUCACGCGGCGGUGUCCUCCACCCUCGACUGCCCUACCCCUGAACUGCCGCCGCAGAGCGUUGCGGAUCAGCUGCUGCACGCCUACUGCACCUCGGCCCAUACCAUGUUCCCCAUCGUGCACAUGCCAACCUUCCAGGCCAUGGUCGACGGCCUGUACCGUUCGAACCCCCAGCGAGUAUCCUCCGCGUGGACAUCAUUGUUCUACGCCGUUCUCGCCACCGGAAGUUUGUUCAGUCCCGAACCCCCGACGACGUCAACCUUCUACCGUCCGGCCGAACUUCUCGAAUCCGCGCGAAAGCUGAUAGAUCCAUGGAACAAUACCUACACCCUCGACAACGUCCGCGCCCUCGUCCUGAUGUCCAUGUGCCUGAACGAAAUGAACUUGAAGUCGGCAGCCUGGAACUGGCUUGGCAGUGCCGUGCGGGCCGGUCAAGACAUUGGCUUGUACUCUGAUUGCGGCUCGUGGCCUGUCAUCGAAGGAGAGAUGAGGCGUAGGACUUGGUGGGCUAUCUAUAUCCUGGACCGGACAAUGGCAACCGAGAUGGGACUGCCGUACAUGAUUGACGAUUCGGACUGCGACGUGCCGUUGCCGGCGGCCGUGGAUGAUCAGUAUCUCCGGGAGGAUGGCAUGUGCAUUCCCAACGGCGCCGAACCCCUGACCCAUUCGCUCCUUGCCGUUAUCCAUGUCGUCCGAUCGUACUCGUCCUUGAUCAAGUCGACGGAUGCGCCGACGCUUGUCGCUGCGCAGCUGUCCAUGUUCGACGGCCACUUCAAGAAAUGCCUCGGCACUUUCCCCCCGGCCUGCGAUCCCUCGAAUACGGUGGCGCUGGCUUCACAUUUUCUUGCGCCGCUGGCGUAUCUGUUUCAUGCCAGGAUGCUUGUGCAUCGACACAACUUAUCGCCAAGCAACGUCCCGGAGCUUCGACUUGCCGCCGUCGAAAGUUGCACCCAUGUCGCUCUCGAGACCUCAUCGCUCAUUGCCCGGAGCAAAUCACCUGGUGAUGGAGCCACAUCACUACUUACGACGCAUAUCUUUCGCUCGACGCUCUUCCUGCUCCUAACUGGCUACUUUGAUCACGCAAUAACACUGAUCAGGGCGCUGGCCGUGAUAGAUGCACGACGAGACAUUACACUCUCGUGCGGAAGAUGUCUGUCCUUUUUCAUAUCCGUGUUGUCGUCCAAGCGUGUCGAAUAUGCAAGCUAUCUAUCCCAGAGGUCCUCUUUCGACCAGUCAGCACUUCUCAUGUCUCUGACUCGCGAUGAGGAGCUUCUGGCGUACGUUUCGGCUGACCAGCAAGCAUCCCCCCACAGGUCCUGGCUGUGGGCAAUGCAAGAUCACGAAGUGCCGCAGACGAAGUCCACGUCGGGUGUCGCGAGCGAGAACGGCCUGUUCAGCCCCGAGGUCAGAACUGGCCUCAGUGAGGAGGACCGCCGAGAAUGGAUCGGGUGGGCCCGACUCGAGUCCGCCGCUCGAGGACUCGUGUCAACAACGGGAUCUUGGACGUCGCUCCCCCCUCCACAGGUUAAAACGGAGACGUCCGCAACGACAGUAGAGCUUCACAGAAUACCUGACCCACCCCGUUAUGCGACGGAAAACAGGGGUCCGGGUGCUCGAAGCCCGACUUCGAAUCCGCCUGACGUUAAGAGGGGAGCAGAACGAAUUAGCAUUGCCAACAUCAUUUGA